AUGAACCAAUGGAAACGCCCGUCAGUUAACCAACUAGACGUCGGCGGGACAUUCAAACCUGAGUCGCUGACGGAAAGUAAACAGGCACGGCUGUGGACGCAUGAAAGAAAGGACUAGACACCACUGACUGGGUGACAUCGGGUUUUUAUUUCAAAUAAAUGUGUCUUCGUUAUGGAAACGUAACCAUUUAGAUUACAGAAUACAGUUUACAACAAACGAAACUACAUUGUUGGGAACCGGAAAAAGAAAAGCCAAACGUAUAGAGCUAAUACCUAUUUAACGUUACUUAUUUAGCUAGGGAAACUCAGUACCAAGAAAAUGGGAGAAUUCGGAGGCCAAACGCGACCGUGCUACGAGCGCCUGACUGCCGAGGAAAUGGACGAACAGCGAAUUCAGAAUGUUGCUUACCAGUACCUUUGCCGCCUGGAGGAGGCCAAAAGAUGGAUGGAGGCCUGUCUCCAGGAGGACCUGCCCGCCCCCAUUGAGCUUGAGGAGGGGCUAAGGAACGGGGUGCUCCUGGCCAAGCUAGGCCACUGCUUUGCACCCAAAGUUGUCCCCCUCAAGAAGAUCUAUGAUUUGGACCAGGAGCGCUACAAGGCAACGGGACUACACUUCCGCCACACCGAUAACAUAAAUCACUGGAGAAAUGCAAUGGUGGAGGUUGGAUUGCCAACGAUCUUCCACCCAGAGACCACCGACAUCUAUGACAAGAAGAACAUGCCACGCACAGUGUACUGCAUCCAUGCCCUUAGCCUUUAUCUGUUCAGACUGGGGCUGGCCCCUCAAAUCCAUGACCUGUGCGGCAAAGUCAAGUUCACAGAGGAGGAGAUCAACAACAUGAAGCGUGAGCUGGAUAAAUAUGGCAUUCAGAUGCCAGCCUUCAGCAAGAUCGGGGGCAUCUUGGCAAACGAGCUGUCUGUGGAUGAGGCUGCAGUGCACGCGGCAGUGAUCGCCAUUAACGAGGCGGUGGAGCGCGGCUGUGUAGAGGACACUGCCCAGGCGUUGAGGAACCCCAACGCCAUGCUGGCUGACCUGUGGAACCACCUCAUGCCCGUCUACCAGGAGAUGCUGCGGCAGGCCCGGGCACAGAAGGCCGCUCGUGCCUAUACCAAGGUGAACGGUUCCGAGGGGAAAGACAUCUAUGAGGAAUACCUCACGCAGAGUGAGAUCCAGGACAGUAUCAACAAGGUGAACGUGCGCGCGGUGUUGGAGCAAGUGGACGAGGCUCUGGAGUGUGGGGACUCCCUGGCUCUCAUCUCUGCCCUGCAAACGCCCUGUCUGGCGCUGCGGGGCGUGCGCAGAGACCACGCCCCCUGGUACCUGGACCAGCUAGCUGCCGACCGCGAGCAGAAGGCCCUGGACUUGGGAUGUGUGGACCCUCUGGAUCACGAUGAGCUGCAGGAGGGUGUCUAUGUGGCAAACGAAGACGCGCAACGCUCCCAGACAAUGCAGCAGGCGGUGCGGGGCAUUAACGAGGCCUUGCGCGGCGGCGAGCCCAGGCAGACCGCGCGCGCCCUGAUGAACCCGGACGCCCAGCUCCCGGACGUCUACCCCUUCGCCUCCGAGCUGUACCAGCGGGAGCUGGGCCUCCUGCAGGGACAGAGCCCUCAGGGCGAGCUACAACAGGAGGAGCUCUUUGUGGCAGUGGAGAUGCUGUCCGCAGUGGCUCUGAUCAACCAGGCCUUGGAGGCCAAGGAUGGUGGCGCUUUCUGUGCGACCCUGGUCAGCCCAGCAGCGGGGCUGUCUGACAUCGACGACGGUUUGGUUCAGAGGUACUUUGAGGAGCUGUGUGGGCUGAAGAGACAGGCAGGGAGGGCCUUGCUGACGUGGAAUGAGCUCCAGGGCGGGCUCAACACCGUCAACGCAGCGGUGCAGGAAGAGCACGACCAGAUCCUCAGCAUUGGACUGAUCAACCAGGCCCUGUGCCGCAGCGACCCUCAGAAGACCCUGGCCGCGCUGCUGCUGCCCUCCAGUGGCCUGGAGGAGGUACAGCCCGUGAAUGCCAGGCGCUACCACGAUGUGCUGACCCAAGCCAAAAGACGCAAAGCAGAGGAGAGCCGUGAUCCCUCAGCCGAGCUCUGGUUGGCUGACAUCCAAGAGGGGGUGAGGAAAGCCAAUCAGGACACGCAGAGAGCUCUGAAGAUGUCCCUGGGGCUGGCGGCGGUGAACCAGGCGGUGAAGGAGGGCCGGGCCUCGCAGACGCUGCGGGUCCUGGGCCUGCCUGAGGUGGCCCUGAGGAGCCUGGUGGCGGACUGCGCGGCGGGGUACCAGGCCGAGCUGACCGCCCUGCACAGGGCCAAAGCCGCGGGGGGUGAUAACAGGAGCCCCUGGGUCCGACACAAGACUCAGGACGGGAGCUCAUAUUACUUCCACCUGCAGAGGCUGGAGGGCACGUGGGAGCGGCCCAAGGGCUUCGUGCAGAACAGCCUGUUCCUGGGCCAUGACGAGAUACAGGCGGUUCUGUCGAGCGUGACGGCGGCGCACAGUCGGGAGGUGCAGUGGAAGGCCAGCGAGGCGCUGGUGGUGCAGCUGCAGGCCAGGGUCAGGGGCUUCCUCGUGAGGCAGAGGCUGGGCCACCGCCUGCACUUCCUGCACACUCAGCUGCCCGCCAUCGUCACCAUACAGUCCCACUGGAGGAGGUACAGACAGCAGCGGGCCUACAGACAGAGGCUGCAGUACCUCUGCUGCAACUGGAGGGCAGUAAUCAAGAUCCAGGCCAACGUGAGGAUGUGGCUGACCAGACGGAGGUACCAGGCUCGGCUCAGACACUUCAGACGAAACGUGGGCGCUAUUGUGAAGAUUCAGGCCUUUUUCAGAGCCAAUAAGGCGCGUGAGGACUACAGAAUGCUGGUGCACUCCCUCGCUCCCCCGCUCUCUGUGGUGCGCAAGUUUGCUCACCUGCUGGAGCAGGGCGACUGCGACAUCCGCCAGGAGGGGGAGCUGCUGCGCAUGCGGGAGGAGGUGGUGCGGACCAUCCGCUCCAACCGCCAGCUGGAGGCCGACCUGGACCUGAUGGACCUGAAGAUCGGCCUUCUGGUCCGCAACCGCGUCACGCUGCAGGAGGUGGUGUCCCACUGCAAGAAACUGACCAAGAAGAACAAGGAGCAGCUGUCAGACAUGAUGGCUCUGGACAAACACAAGGGGCUCAAGUCCCUGAGCAAAGACAAGAGGGAGAAGCUGGAGGCCUAUCAGCACCUCUUCUACCUGCUGCAGACCCAGCCCCUGUACCUGGCCCAGCUCAUCUUCCUCAUGCCCCAGAACAAGAGCACGCGCUUCAUGGAGACGGUGAUCUUCACCCUCUUCAACUACGGCUCCGACUGCAGGGAGGCCUACCUGCUGCUCCAGCUCUUCACCACAGCCUUGCGUCACGAGAUCAAACUGAAGGUGGACGCGCCCCAGGAGCUGGUGAAGGGGAACCCGACCGUCAUCAAGAUGCUGGUGAGCUUCUACCGGCACGCCCGGGGCCAGAACGCCCUCAGGGAUGUCCUGGGGCCCGCCAUCCGGGAGGUGCUGCAGGAGCGGGCCCUCAGCAUCCGCACGGACCCCGUGGAGAUCUACAAGAGCUGGAUCAACCAAGCCGAGUCCCAGACCGGCCACAAGAGCUCUCUGCCGUACGAGGUGAGCGCCGAGCAGGCCCUGGGCCACCCCGAGGUCCAGCGCCGCCUGGGCGUGGCCAUCAGCAACCUGAAGACCAUGACUGACCGCGUGCUCAACGCCAUCACCACCAACGUGCACAAGCUGCCAUACGGGAUGCGGUACACGGCCAAGGUCCUGAGAGAGGCACUGCAGGAGAAGUUCCCCCAGGCCAGCCAGGACGAGCUCUACAAGAUCGUGGGGAACCUGCUGUAUUACCGCUACAUGAACCCGGCGGUGGUGGCGCCGGACGGCUUCGACGUGGUGGAGUUCUCGGCGGGCUCGGCGCUGCUGCCGGACCAGCGGCGCACCCUGGGCUCCAUCGCCCGCGUCCUGCAGCACGCCGCCGCCCACAAGCACUUCCAGGGCGACAGCGCGCACCUGCGCGCCCUCAACGACUACAUCACGCUCACGCACGCCAAGUUCAGCAAGUUCCUGCAGGCCGCUUGUGACGUCCCGGAGCCGGAGGAGCGCUUCAGCAUCGAUGAGUACUCGGAGAUGGUCGUCCUAAACAAACCCGUCAUCUACAUCUCCAUCAGCGAGCUCAUCAACACCCACAAGCUGCUGCUGGAGCAUCAGGACUGCCUGAGCCCGGACCCCUCUGACCCCCUACGGGAGCUGCUGAGGGAUCUUGGGAAGGUGCCGUCUAUCCAGGCUCUCGUUGGGGAGGGAGUAGUGACCUCUGGGGACCCCAACGCAGAACAGAUCCUGACACAGUACAGCAAGCUCGAGGUGUCUCUGACCCUGACCAGCAAGUUUGACAUCUUCCGGAGCUCCGAUGACCGGCCUGAUGCCAGAGGGAUCCUGCUCAGUACCAAGCAGCUGAUCAUCGAUGUGAUCCGGACGCAGCCCGGGGAAACGCUGGGUGAAGUUCUGAGGUCCUCCAUCUCCCGUGACCAGGAAGCGCAGCACUGCUGGAUGAUGCAGCGGCGAGCUCAGCGCGACGCCCGCACCCCGGAGAAGAUGAAGAGGAACCAGUCGCUCGUCGCCGACGGUAACCUGUCCCUGGAGGAGAAGAAGAGGAAGAUUCAGAGGAGCCUGAGGAGGCUGGAGGCCCUGGGGGUGCUGACCCCCCCAGACACUGAGGCCCAGAUCCUGCAGCUCAUCGCCAAGGACAUCCGUCACCAGCGGCUGUACCGCCAGCGGCGGCAGGCGGAGCUGGUGAAGCUGAGGCAGACAGCGCACAGCCUGCACUGCAAGAGCUCCUUCCACAGCGAGCAGGUGGACUACUACAGCCAGUACAUCACCACCUGCCUGGAGAACCUGACCGCCAGCAGCAGUAAGGGGAACGGGAGGAAGGCGGCGGAAAGCAAGGGGAAGAAGUGCAAGCAGCCGGCCCUGACGUACACCGCCGCCCGGCUGCACGAGAAGGGGGUGCUGCUGGAGAUCGAGGACCUGCCUGUGACCCAGUUCAAGAACGUGAUUUUUGACAUCGUACCCAGUGAGGAGGGGGGCACGUUCCAGGUGAAGGCUCGCUUCAUGGGAGUGGACAUGGAGAAGUUCCCUCUCAAAUACCAGGAUCUGCUGCAGCUCCAGUAUGAAGGAGUUGCUGUGAUGAAGAUGUUUGACAAGGCCAAAGUCAACGUCAACCUGCUCAUCUUCCUCCUCAACAAAAAGUUCUUCAAAAAGUGAUGAGCUGAAAGAAUACGUCUCCAGAACAUAACCAAAUUCAAACAAAUGUCACUCCUGAGGCUUUAUAUCCUAGUUUCACUGAUUGAAACCACAUGCCAGCCGUUGAAUAUUACGUUUGGUACGUUUUUAAGAAUGCAACGUGCUUUCUUAAAGACCGGGACUAAAUGCAAAACCUUGAUUGAAUGGUGCAUAAAGCGUUUGAAGAUUGACACAGUAGUUGUCUUCACACCAUCUUCAUAGUAAGUUGAUAUUUAAGUAUCCCGGGCCAUUUAUUCAGCACUGAUAUUGACCCCAAACAUGACAUGCGAUUUCAACAUUCUGAAGUCCUUCCUAGGAUUAGACUUGCAUGUUUUUACCAGUUAACUGAAUACAUGUGCUAGAAUUAUUUACAAGACAAGACUACAACACUACAACAGCCAGAUUUUAGGAAAUUUUCCAUCAUAACUUUAGAAUCAACGGACACAUGAAAAUGCCAAAAAAGCUGAACAAGUCCAAUGAGGAUGAGUUUAGUGGCUCAGUCAACGUUUCUGGGAGAGGAAAACGUAUUUAUUUUAUUGUACAGUGACAGUGCAGUGAGUUGAGAACAGGAGCAAUCAGAUGAGAUUAUGAGGUUCUGUAGUUUUUUUUUUUUUGUUUGUUUGUUUUGCAUGAAAUGGGCAAAUGGAUAUGGCAGCUUUAAACAUAUUUGUAUGUUAUUUGGGUUUAUAUUCAGUGCCAUUUAAUAGGAUUGCGAGCCCAUACUAAGAGCUCAAGCUUAUGUCCUUUUCCUCUAGAAGAUAAUUACGCUGUUUUUAUUAACAUUACUAUUAUUAUGGAAGCAGGGAUAUUUUUGUUUCUUUCAAAUGCUUGACUGUUCAAGGUACCCUUGACCAGCUUGAAUUAGUUUUAUUAUGUACAAGCACCUGUUUGUUUUUAUGAUUUUGUAUAUCAAAAGGGAAUAUCUACAUGGCUUUCAUAUAUACAUUUAGCAUUAUUGAUUAUUCGGUAUCUGUGCACUCCUUUUGUUUCACUUGUAUUCAGAGGCAUAUUUUCAUGGGUUGUCAUAAUCAUAUUUUAAGGUUGGCGGCUUCGUCACCGUUCCCCUUUUAAACCCCUGACCAGCUCCACAUGCAUUAUUUAUGGGAUGCACUUAAAUAGAACACUCCAGCUAGCACGUAUUAUGCAUACAAUCCCAGGGUAUUAGUGCGCAGCUUUUAAUUGGCUAAAGCCUGCUGUUUAGCUUCUGGAGGUUACACUCCUCAUGUAUAUCUGUGAGAUUCUGAAUUGUUUGAUCUCUUUUCGGAGUUAACCCUUUUUUUUCUUUUUCACUGUGUGCCAGAGGAAAUGGCAGUUGCGACGGGCGACUUCCUGUGAUUGUUUUAUUUUUUUGUCCUAGCUUCUGUGCUGUUGAUCACUAAAAGGAGCAGCACAACUGAAAGGCAUGUGCCAUUUUUAACAGAAUGCACGGACGACACUGAGGUGAUGGACAUGCCCCUGUCUUUGGUCUUUGGUUGUUCUGGAGGCAAAUUGUCUCACUACCUAAUUUAAGCUGCUGUUGGUUUGGACCCAGCCAUUCUCCUGUAAAUAUUUUCUAAUGUAAUGCAUUUUUCUUUAACCUGCCCCUUUUGUUACACUGUCCUGCUUUCUUCUAGUAUCCAGACUCUUAUUAGCUUCAUCUUUUCAUUUCACUUUCUUUAAAUACACUAACAUCCUCUUGUGAUAUAAAUGGUUUUAAAAGCCUUGGACGAAGAGCCUCUGAAUUACCUGCUCUUUUAUAAAUAUCCUCUGACAUGUGCAUGGGAAACAUCCCAUUGUAACAUUACUAGUCGAUCUGGGAGGUGGAUGUUUUGCAUCAGUUUGGAAAAUUUAAACCCUUCUGUUCUGACAUUUGUGGAACCCUUCUGAGAGAAAUUACAAUUUAUGUUCAGUGCGCUUGUUUGUCAAAAUAAAAUCUGAUCGAGUACU